AUUGUUGGACGAUAAUCAGCGAUUUGAAAUAAUAGGUAAUCAAACGUCGUCAAACUGAUAAAGUGUAUCGUUGGAUGAUUUAGUUCAAAUUUAUUGUUCAACAUGGCAACAUGUAGGAAAGGCAAGUGUGCCAUCUUGUGCUUGGUCUACCUUUCAAUAGGCUGUAUAACUGCAAUACCUGUCAACACCAGGCAAAGCGACAAAUUGCCGUUCGAAUUCGACGACAUUUUUCCCAGUCGUUUUUCUUUCCGCGGAUUUAACGGUUCAUGGAUUUCAGAUGAUCAAUUCAUAUUCCGAAGUGGGGAUCUCCAGGCAUAUAACGUAACUGCCGAAAAUGCUGAAUUCUUUUUGGAAGCAUCCGUUUUAAGUCGCUACCCCACCUAUACGUUUUCGGCUGACUACAAGAAAAUUCUAAACCGAUAUGAUGUGACGAGUAUCUUUAGACAUUCGAUUGUGGCACGAUACAGAAUUUAUGAUAUUGAAAGCGGAAAUGAAUAUAGCAUAGGCAACGGUGAACUUUUAAACUUUUGUGUCUGGUCACCAAACGGAGAAGAUGUCGCCUUCGUAUUUAAGAACAACGUUUUCGUUCGUCGAGCAUCCGGCGAAGAAAUUCAACUGACAUCAGAUGGAGUUGAUGGUGUCAUCUAUAAUGGCGUUCCCGAUUGGGUCUAUGAAGAGGAAGUGCUCGGCAGUGGUGGAGCAUUAUGGUUUUCGCCCAACGGACAGAAAAUUGCCAUUGGAAGCUUCGAUGAUACCGAAGUUGAGGAAUUUACAUACGUUUUGUAUGAAGAUCAGUAUGAGAAAGAAGUUGCUCUUCGAUACCCAAAGCCUGGACGAGUAAAUCCAACCGUAGCCUUUAGAUAUAUUGACCUAACGGACGAUACUCUUACUUGGCAUCAAUUUCCAGCUCCAAUUGAGAAAGUAAAGGAAGAUCAUAUACUGUAUUCUGUAAACUGGAUUACUGAUGAUUUAGUAGGUGCAUUUUGGCUGAAUAGACGACAAAAUGAAGGAAGCUAUCAGAUUUGUAGUACAUCCGGCGAUAGGAGUUGUUUUGAGGGUUUUGAGUUGCGUGAACCGGAAGGAUGGGUUGAAAUCAGUACCCCACGUUGCACUCCUUCGGGUGAUCAUUGCUUUUUCAUUGGGUUCGGAAACGGUAAUUGGCGAAAUGUACAUCGUUACACACUAAGUACACCAGGGGUCGCACCAAUUCCAAUGUUUCCUGAUGAGUUUACCGUUCAGAGUAUCAAUGGAUUCAGUGAUGAUGGAAAUGACGUUUACUUCACUACUACACUGACCCAUCAACCACAUACCCGACAUGUGUACAAAAAUAACGAAUGUUUAACUUGCGAAGUUACUGGAUCGGAGGACGAGGUUUGCGAAUAUGCUAGCGCAAGUUUCAGUCAAGCCUUCACAUAUUUUGCAUUGUCAUGCUCUGGACCUAGACCUUCUUAUACAAGAAUUUAUCGCACCGCCGAUAGACUUGAACUUAUAUCGUGGGAAGAAAAUACAGCCAAUCGUGAACGUUUGAACGAUUACCAACGACCACUCGUCCACUUCGAAAAUGUUCCGGUAGCCAAUGGUUUCACAGCCGCUGUUAAGCUAACACUUCCACCGGAAAUUGAUUUAAAUUCGUCAACCCAAAAGUACCCAAUGGUAGUGGAAGUAUACGGUGGACCAAAUUCGGUUCGAGUGACAAACUCGUUUUCGAUUGGGUUCAAAGACUAUCAAGUCACGUCGCGCAAAAUCAUCCACUGUCAAAUUGAUGGACGCGGUUCCGGAAAUAAGGGAAAACAGCUGCUCUUCACAAUGAACAAUCGAAUGGGCACAGUCGAAAUUGAAGAUCAAAUUGCGGUGACAAAAUAUCUUCAGCAAAAAUAUCGAUUCAUCGACGAGACUCGAACGGGAAUUUGGGGCUGGAGUUAUGGAGGCUAUGCAACAGCAAUGGCUUUAUCCACAGACACCGAGCACAUAUUCAAAUGCGGAGUAUCGGUUGCACCGGUAUCCGCAUGGAUUUAUUACGAUUCCAUUUACACGGAACGGUAUAUGGGUUUGCCAACGGACGACGACAAUAUUGUGAAUUACAAUGCAACCGAUGUCACUCAACACAUUAACGAGCUAAAGAACCACGAGCUGUUAUUGAUGCACGGUAAUGCUGACGACAAUGUUCAUUUCCAACAGGCGAUGGUUCUAACUAAAGCGUUAGUUAACGCUGAUGUACAGUUCGAACAAGCAAGCUACCCGAAUGAGGCACAUGGUCUAUCUGGAGUUACCCGUCAUGUGUAUCAUACAAUUGAUAAAUUCUGGGGCAAUUGUUUCAAUCUUGAUAGCUAGAAAAGUAAAUUGUCCCUUUUUCAGAUCAAUUUAAACAAUAAAAUCAGUUGCCAGUG